GGGUGAGCAUCUCCGCGCAACCGUAUUUCCUGAUUGUCCGCCGGUGUGGUACCUGCCGUGCAGAUCGCGCGCCGCGUGUGCUUACCCAUGACGCCAGUCGGUAGGUCAGUACGCGACGAUAACGAAGUGCUGUGGCUUUUUUGGUAUUUGUGGCAUUCUGGAAUCAGAAGAGCUUACGGAAAAGCCUACUAAUUAACUAGCCGAGUUCCAUUCCCCGGUUCUCGUCGCUCGAUUGGUAUUCGGUAACAUUAAAAUCAGGAAUAUCAUCGAGAUCGUUUAGUGGUGGAGCUGGCAGUGAAAGUGUUGAUUAUGGUUGUUGUCAUUAGGAAUUGCGCCACGCUAGGAGUACUGCGCAUUUUUUGCUAAUUACCCAGCCUAUGGUAACAAUACACGAUCCCAGUUAGAGCCAAAGGCUUGCCAUUACCAAUUACUUAACCAGGAGAGCAAGCGACCAAUAAUUGUCUCUGUUUACAAACUAAGAACGUCAAUCUGUUCAAUCAUCUUGUCAUACCAGCUCGGAGAAAUCACGCCAUCAAAAAUCCUGAGCGAGCAGGUAGGUGGGAAGCAUGUCCGUUAAGCGUGCCAAACAACUCGCGAUUGCUUGAGAUAAUUACCACUAUGGUUACGUUAAUAACCAUGCCAAUAAUCGCUUUUAAUGUUAUUGGAUACUGUAAUUGUCGUCUUGGGCGGCUGGUAGUCAGCAGUUCUGUUACGGUAAUGUGAACUGUAUUGUGGGGUCGUCACAAAUAAUGUGUGCUUAGCGGGCAUCCGAGCGGCAGUGUGCAUUGUGCAUCGCCGAGUCUCUCCUCUCUUCGAGUGAUUUUCUCCUUAUUAGAUGUGUUGGUUUGUGUCUGAGCUGUUUGUGCUGCAUGUUUAUGCUGUUGUUGCAACGAAGGCAAGGAAGUGUUAAGGAAAACGUGUUGAUGUCUACCCACCUGAGCCAUAGAAGUGUGAUUGUGUGAAAGCGACAGGAGCAGUGACUCCUUUAACGCCCAGUGGAUUAUAACCUAGGUCUGCGUCGAUACUGAUCAUAGUGCCAGGGGCUACAAUAACUAUUACAUUGUGGGGGUGUGCGUGGGAUCUACCCCACGAAUUCAGCGGAGGAUUUCUACUUGAAUUGACAUUGUAUACACGCUGUUGCUGUCGCUGCUGUGAAGCACUACAGUUGUUGCUACAGUUGGUGGCCGAUUACAGCUGCUAUCAAAGUACCACGGAGGCUGCAGGUGCUGAGACCAACGCCGUUGGUUUCUGUCGGCAGCUGGCGGACUGUGGCUAUAUUGUGAAUGUAGCUGUUUCCAGAGUGCGGGGUUUGCGGUGACGUUUUGUAAACGUCACAAAGCAGCAAGACGGAACGCUCGAAACCACACGAAGCCAACGACGUCGUGGCCACUGGAUUUGCCGUGGCUGCAACGCCACUGGUGUCCAUCGAUGUGUGUGAGCGCUUGAAGCUGGACUGACAACGAUCCACCUCCGUUGACACCAUGAAGACCUCGUUGCUACUGAUGCUGCUUUCUCUCGCGAUCAUCACUGCACAUCCACAUUAUCAAGGUCGCGGUUUUCUGCAUGUUCGAGCCGGACAGAACCGACACCGCAAAUCAAGCGGCAGUGCCCACCGAGAUUCAGACGACCCCCUCGAGUCGGGGGAUUUCUGGGCACCCAGCUCCAAGAUUCUGCCAUCGUUCGAUAACUCAACAGCGAGUAACGUUACCAGUCAGCUUGGGGUGACAGCGUAUCUGCACUGUCUGGUCAACAACCUCGGCGAUAAAACGGUACUGUGGAUUCGCCGUAAAGAUGCUCACGUGCUCACAGUUGGUAUGGACACAUUCACAGCAGACGAUCGCUUUCAAACGAUGCACGUAGACAACCACGACUGGGCGUUGCAGAUCAAGUACGUACAAAUGAGCGACGCUGGCAGGUACGAAUGUCAGGUAUCUUCCGACCCGAAAAUCUCGUAUUUUGUCAACCUCACCGUACUCGUUGCGAAAGCCCGUAUUGAAGGUGGCCCAGAAAUGUUCAUCCGGACGGGCAGUGCCAUAAAUCUAACGUGUACGAUCAGUCAGAGUGCGGAGCCUCCUCCCUUCGUCUUCUGGUACCACAACGACAAGAUGAUCAAUUAUAUGCCACAGAAAGGCGAAAUCACGCUGCAUAAAACCAGUACUGAUACGACUGUAAGUCGGCUGUACAUUCGACGGGCACUCGUGCUCGACUCGGGCAAUUAUACAUGUGGGCCAGCCAACGCUGAGCCUGUCAGCAUAUCGGUGCACGUUGUCGCAGGUGAAAAACCCGCGGCAAUGCAGCACGAUGCAAGUCCCGGCCUGAGUUCGGUGUGUCCACGAAGUGUCGGGUGUUCGAACUGGACUAUAAUGGUGUUUCUCUUCAUUAGCUACGCGAUUGUCAAGCGCCACAGGUAACCCGUUCUGUGUCGCCUUUGUGGAGGCCGGCCGAAUAAACGCGGGCCAUCGGUUGCACGGGCAGAUUCUUGCUCGGGUCUGAAUCUGAACGGCCUAACGACACGAUGCACAACGGGACCUAGUGAAGGACUCGUAGUGGCGCCUUCGCUAGGUCGUGCGGACGGCCUUGGGCCUAUAGCGAGGUCUGGCUCAAUGGCCAUGGGCCCUAUAGGUCCCGUUGGCAAUUUGAAUAGUAUGACAUCGAUGGGUACCCUUGGCGGAGGCGGCGGUGUCGGUGGAGGCGUUGGGGUAGCCGGUUCACCUACGCUCGGCGCCCAGUUUGGGCUCAAUCUAAGCUUAAGCCCUCUAGGUGCAUCGUCCUCGUCUUGUGCGCCCACGCUUUACCAGGCCUACCACGAGGCAGACAUUGUAUGACACAAGCCUCACGCUCUAUAGAUGAUAACCUCUUUUACUCAGUUACGACAACAGCAACAACAACAAGAACAACAUCCAAGCAGACGAAGCAGAAGCACAAAUAAACGCGGAUGAAACAGAGAAGAACAAAACACGGUUAGCGCAGAUAUAGGGGGCAACGUAAGCCCUACUGUAACGUCUCCUCGACCCUGGCUGUCUCACAAAACUCCGCAUAAACGACGAAAAUACUAUCUCGCCUCUAUUAUUACUAGAGCAAAAGUGUCUCAAAACUACAUCAGAUAAUGACGUGAUGGUAACGAGCAUAAUGAUAAGAUUUAAGUAUAUAUAUAAAUAAUAUUCAUAUUAUAAUGUUACUAUAUUAAAUGAAAAAUAGUGUCGCCGGUUGCGAUGAUAAGGGAGAGAAUGCGCAGUCGAAGACUAAGAAGGUGUACAAGUGGGACGCAAAAAAGGCAAUUUCCGACUGCCAGUCAUGUUGCGUGUUUUUCUUUUGGGGGGGGGGGGCUCGGUUGCUUGAAGGGGGAUAACUUCAACGGGAUACGCAGUAAAGGCUGAUGCGGGUUAGAACAUCUAAUUAUAUCGAGGGGCAAUGUUAAUCAAUUGUUAACUUAGCACGUAUCGAACUGUGGAGCAACGGCGGGCGGAAAUGUCAAGCGCACUACUAUAUUAUGGACGUUAGGCUAAGGCAGUAAUGCACAAGCUGAAUGUUGGUGCUGAUAAUAGCAGGGGAAAAUGGGUUCCAGAAAUUUUGGCAGUACGGAGAGACAUGCCGCUGGCUUAAAGAAAGAGAACAAAAAAAAAAAGAGAGAGAAUUUUGAAAAUGUACAGUAAUUGCACGAAAAGCUAUGGUCGUAUAAACGGCAGGGUGGGAGGGUCCAUGCUUUCGCAUCAGCGACCGUCCUAAGAUCAUUCGGCAUGGAGUUGGACUAGUAAUAAUAAAAUGAGAGUUUAAUUACAAUGAUAAUAUUAAAAACGAUAUGUAACAUUAUUUUUACUAUUUGAACUUGGCGAAAUUUGUAGAUAUACGAAAAGUAUGUUGAAACAGCAUAAUGGGCGAUUACCACUAAACGAUGAUAAAGACAGAUACACUGAAUACGACAAACUGCUUACUAUAAUUACGAAGAGUAUUAUUAUGCUGAUAUGAAUUAUAAUAGUGAUUUCACAGGUAGCAAAGAAAAUGGAUAAGGUGAUGAUUAUUAAGCACAUAAAUCGGAAAAAAUGAUAAGAAAAGCUUGGAAGAAUAGUUACUAAGGAAGCAAGGUGAUCGUUACAAGGGUCGCCUGGAGGUACGGUGAAUACUGGUAUUUAUUAAAUGAUUGAUAACUGAUAAAUGGAAGGAGGACACUAAUUACAAAUGCUUCUUCGUAAUGGGUGAUAUACAUGUUGUAGAUUUUGUACAUAUAUAAAUAAACACAUAUAUAUAUAUAUAUAUAUACAAAAACAAAGCUAUUAUAUAGUAUAUGAAUACGAGAAGCAGAUUAAAAUAAGGAAACGAGAAAUUGAGUCUUAAAAUAGGCUGACAAUAAUGAUCCCAAUGAUAAUAAUGAUGAUGAUGAUGGUAGUUUACGAUGAAGCGCAGAUAAGGUGAGUUUAGCAGACAACCGCAAAAGGCAAAGAAAAAUAAAAUGAAAGAAUAAGAGAAACAGCAGGAUAUAUAUAUACAUGUAUGUAUAUAUAUAUAUAUAUAUAGAGAGAGAGAGAGAGAGAGAGAGGGAGAGAGAGACGAAGAUGACGAUGAGGUGUUCCAUCGGACAGCAAUAGCUUCCACUGGUUGGACGGAAAAGGAACAGUGAAAAAAGGAAGGGUAGUAUGAUAUGAGGUUGAAGCUCGCCGGUGUGUUAUUCACACUGACGGCAUCUUCCACCAACAUCCUCAGCGAUUUGACCGCCUUGGCCCACAUCUUCACCUUACCUCGUUCCAAAUAGCAAGCUUCAUGCAAAAAUUACCCUUAUUUCAUAAUCAGCUACAUAACCCAUUUCUAUAACAUCCCCCCUUGGUUCGCUUUUGUGCUCUUCAUCGAUUUCACCUGCUUGAUUGGAUGGUGCCAAACUUAUUGAGCGCAACAGCUCAUCAAUAUUCUAUGAACAGCAAUGAAACCGUCAUAGCUAACUUAGAUGACGAUAAAGCGUGUUUUCCCUCUACUGACUUGUUUCCCAACGACCAACUUGUGGGUUCCACAAUCGACCACUUUCAGCUGCCUAAUUCAUCGAUAUUAUCUAAUUCGCCCUUUGGGCACGUCCACUUCUGCCUCGUAAUCAUCUUUAUUUCUCAAGCAUACUUUCCACCGAUUAUCUGUUAAGCCUAUUGUGCAAUCCGUUAUCGUUCCCUUUUACCAACAUGUAUGCUUUAUCCAUGCGUCAAAGAUGGGGUCGUGCCGCCAGCCUGAAAACUAACAGGAGCUCAAGGAAUUUGCUUGUAUCAAACGUAGAUAAUCGUGGACCCGGCCUUUCGCCGAAGCUUUAAUGAUAAGCGUACGCGCUGUGCCCUCUAACAGCUCAGCGCUCGUUCAACCUUUGUACUAGCCGUCCUCUUUUUGACCGUUUGCGAUCAUCAGGGAAUUCGGGAUGGUCGACGAGCCAACUACUGUUGGGGAAAUGAGGCUACUGUAUAUACUGAAAGAAAAAAAAGCUACUUAUAAAAUUUUUUGUCCGCCCGCAUUCCGCUUUGAUGAAUGCUUCUCCGAAAAUGAUCUACCUGGCGAAAAUGUGGUGCACAUUUUCUCUUUCAAGUCUUAAUUUCGGGGCACUGUCAACCGACCCCAAGCGGCCAUUUUGUCAGCAGGGCCAGAUAGACCCUUCAAAGCGUUUUAGUCCAAUCUGCACCAUUGACAGUUCUGUAUAUACGGAGCAUUAGAAGCAUAGGGAAGCCAAACACGUGAAGGGAGCCGAUGCCGGAUCCCGAUAGAAAUUGCGGCCGCCAUUGUAUGCCUAAUGGAUUUAAUGGACUUCAAUCACUGUUGGCUGAAAACGAAUACCGAUAUAAUGAGUUUCGAGAGAACGCCCAAACCAAGCAAGUCUUGUUUGGUAAAAAGAAGCACACGCAGUCAUAAGUAAUCAAUUCAUAGGAAUAGGUUUAAACAAAAUGAGAAGAUGUAUCACGCGUUUGUUACCGACUCUCCUGUCAUUUUCUACUAUUUUGUGAAACGUAGUUUUGAAGAAAAGAGAACUUUAUUCGCUUACUUUGUAUAUACAACAGUGUGUGUCUUAUUAAUUACUGUUAUUAAAAUGUUUCCCAUCAAAAUAACUAUACAUUAUAGUUCAAAUCAGGCGAAGUGACUUCGUUUUCUUGCCAUACAUGAUUCUUUGUUACUUUGCUUUACGGUAUCUAAUUCACUUAUUAGAUAUAACGGAUGCUCAAUCGUGCAAUGGUCACCCUAAAAUAACACACAACAGAGCCGGCAUGGAUCCCAGCGGAAUGCUGACAAAUAAAAUAGAGCGAGAUGAAUAACACAUCAGAUUUCGUCAUGUACAACUUGAGAGCGUUCCAUUUUCUCUCUAACAAGGAUAAAAGUGCUGAUAAUAACGCCUGGAGAUAAACACAGGCAACCUGUUGUGUGUGUAUAUAUAUAUAUAUAUAUAUAUAUAUAUAUAUAUAUAUAUAUAUAUAUAUAACCAAUACAACCACAACAAUAACCACCAAUUCCCCCUUUGAGUGCAAUUAGUUGACUGAAAUCGAUUGCAAGGCCGAUGCAUAAUAGGCCAGACCACUGCUGUUGCCGCACAAGUAGUCUUUUCAGUUGGCCACCAGCGCCCGAGCGCCUAAUAACUUGGUAAAUAUGCUGGUAUAAUCAUCUUUUUUGCAUCAGUUGUACGAAACCUAUGAGUUGCACGUAAAUGGGAGCGCGAGCCCUCUCGUCGAGCAGCACAAAAGCUUAGUAGCAGGGUCGGAAAAUCCCGCGAGAGGUCCUGCUGCCCAGAUAUUCAGUGGCCGCACCGAACUAAACCGACCUUCGGUUGACGCCGAGUUUGCCAAAUCUUGCGGCGGCUGUAGCAAUUUCGAUGUUUCCUGUAAGUCGACGAUGCAGUGGACCGCGAUAUAUUACGCCAUCUUGCCAUUAGUUCAACCAGCCGCGACAAUUCGAUGUUGGGCCGCGUCUGCUCCGAACUUAACUUCGUUUUACUUAGGACCUUUGCGUUCGCCUUAUCCUUUCUGCCCUGCCGUUUCUGUCCGCCUUUGCCAACAAGUCGAUUGAAUAAGCUAUACUGGAAUCCGGUACAGUCGAGGGGUUAGGCUGUCAUUGCGACAAUCGCCCAUUCACUUGAAGAAGCUGGAAUCGAAGGGUGUGAAUAUGAGGUGAACCACUAACCCCUUGUUACUCUUUUUUAAAAAAAAAAACCCCAGUUCGACCCUAAUAGCAAACGGAGGCGAAGAUCGAGAAUGGCUGCGCUUGUGCGGAGCCGAGCGCAUAAACUCUGAGUUCUGCCCUGCACUGCAUCACUACUACUAUAACUAUAGCAGAAGUCAACUCUUCGUGCACUGUUCCCCCAACUCGAUGACCUAAAAAGCUUGUAAUUAAAAUUCAAGCUUUCAAAAUCAGUUAGAGCCUCUGUCACUCAUGUUUCGGAACCUUCAGGUGUUCGGAUCGUUAUGAACAAUCCGCGACGAAAAGUCACGCUACAUUAAUUUUAAGCGCUGCUCUCAGUCUGUACAAGAAAAUCGUUAGCUUGCCAAGAAGGACCGGUUCUACCAAAAAGGUUCGGGCUAUUAUUUCUUUACGCUAGUUCUCGUUUAGUUAUACAUGCAAAAUGGAGACGCAGGCAUAUACGUAAUGCAGUUUUCCUUUAUAGCCAAUUCAACAGCGUUCUAGAUAACAAUAUUUCAAUUCCAACCUGUAUUAGUCGACAUAAUGGGCUGUGUCUGAUUAGAAUACUGAUUAAAUAUCCGACCACAGCCUGUCGAUUACGGUCGCAGGCUGGACGGGCGUGGCGUGAUCUUUCUCGACGGCUUUCAACUGUGACGGCUGAACUGCUCAGAGCCAUUCUCCAAUCAGAUCUUGUCGCCGGUUGAACGGUGGUGGGCCAUUGAGGCCCAGUUUUCUUACAAGAUAAAGUGACGGGCGAACUCAACCUCGUGAUCGGGAAACGGCUCGGGACUAACGCUCGACGCCCGAGGUCAAAAGACAAAAAUCCGGUCCAUCUAUACACACACAUACAGGAAGAGUUACAUGGAAUUAAGCGUGCUAUUGAGCUUCAAGUCCGUGGACAGCUAACAUGCAAAAGACUGGGUGAUCUGGCCGACUAGAACUUGUCACACUUUCGAGCUGAUGCACAAUCAUAUUUUUCUCUCCAGGUUACUAAAGAUUUGUCUAUUUGGCGGUCUAAAUGCCCCGAACUAACUCGUUUUGAUCUUGGGCGUCCUAUUCCAUCACAUGAUGAUGACUGUUUAACGUAAGUUAGAUACAGUAUACAUAGCAAACUAAUGGGGUGUGAAUAGUUUUCUUUCUCCGUAGAAGAAUGUUUAAGCUCGUGGCACGUGUGUCGCAUUAGUAACUUCGGUGGUGCUAGAAAAGACGAUUUCAUUGAUAUCGAUGGCUGAUACUGCUUAUGAAAGAACAUGAUGAUGAUGAUGAUGCCCAUGUUGAUGAUAUGUUCAUAUUGAUAAUUACCCUGACUGAAGUAAUAUGUCAUUGAAUUGUGUAUGUAUGUGCACAAAGAGGGCGGAGUGCAGAAAAACGCAUAGUAGUUAUAUAGCACGACACGAAAAAUAAUGAUAGGAAGGCUAAAACGAAACGAUUAUUCUCAGACGUUAUUAAGAUGGCGACAAAGUAACAACAGUAGAUGGCAUGUACGUACAGAGAACUGCAUGUACGAUGUAAUGGACGAAGACAAUGAACACGCAAUGAAAAGGGAAUAGUAACAAGGUGCAUACAGAUCACGUUGGUGUUUUUGUCUCGCGAGAAACAAAAAGAAAUACUGGAUGGUCGAAAAAUUUGCUAGACAGAAUCAGAGAUCUCAGCGAUGGUUCAGUUAACUGGUCUGCCGGCAGGUAAGCAGUAGCGGCCACGACAGUCGCUGUUAAUAUCACUCACUGUCGCUGCUCAGGUUCGUUUCCUUUUAUGAUGCGCUCCGUUGACAGUGGCCAAUUAGACGCGCCAGGCAAAUCAGAAAAAAAAAUCGAGUCUGGCUUGACCAAACUGACGAACUGGUCGGACCGAGAUCUGGUCGGCCGACAGCUGGAGCUGUAAACUGUAUAUUUGAACAAUAAAAAACAGAAAGCGUCACUGCUAAAGCGUCGUAGUAGCAGGCGGACAUAGAUUACAUUUUUUUUUUUUAUUUGUGUAGAUACGAAGUUCGUCGACAAGUGCAUCAAAACAGAACAGGCCGUAAUAUAGGCCAACCGAAGCGUGAAAGCAUCAGCACUUGAAGUAGAAACACGAGAUGGAAGGGUUCCGAUAGAAACGUUUCAGAUCUAAUGGGAAAUUAUAAUAAAGAUACCAAUAAUGACUACCUAAACAAAAACACAAACUAUCCAGAUACUAGUAAUAAUAAUAAUAAUAAAUGGCGAAUUUAAGGUAGGCAACAUGGAACUUAUCUUCCCCCUAUUGGCAUUCGAAAAAAAAUAACAAAACGAUAGUGAAAGUGAGACAGUAAUCAUUUGUCAAGCCUGUCUAAGUGAGAAUGCUUCAAUAAGACCCCUAAUUGAACAUAGUAAUAAGGUAAACAUGUUAAAGAGGGAUAAGUGUACCAAUACGAUGUCGUGGGGGCUGCUGUGGGGAAGACCGUUGAACAAUAAAUUUUCUAGCAAGUAAAAAACCUGAAUUUUACAAACUAGCCCAAGGAAAUUUACUAAUUCUCUGAUCUGCGACUACCAAUGACGACAGCUGCCUGAUAUGCGGGCUGCGCCUAAGCGCAUCGCAGUCGAAGAGACGAGACGAGACAACUAGGGGCUACCGGAAAAGUCUGCGCCUAUCAAACAUACACAGUAGAGAGAGAGAGAGAGAGAGAGAGAGAGCGAGAGCGAGAGAGAGAGAGAGCGAGAGAGAGAGAGAAAAAAAA